CUUUCUUUUAGCAAACGAACAAAAAAGUUGCAACGAUUGAAAGCAAAACGAAAGAAAAAACCUUGAACUUCUCUUCAUUCCUGAGUUUUCGGUUUCUGUUGUUUGAUGGUGGUGGCUUGCCUGCAUCUUUUUGUUUGUUACGUUUCGGCAUAGAAAAUUUGUUACAAAAAAAUUGUUUGCAAAAUUAAUUCAAACGCCGAAAAAAAACAUAAAUCUAAUAAAAUGCCCAAGGCAAAUAAAGUGAACGUUAAGGAAAAAGUUGAGGAUAAUGUGUGCGAUUUAAGUUUGUCCGAAUUGAGGGAGAUUCCCGUCAAAGAAAUCGCUUCCUUUAAGCGUGUAAAUGUAUUGGAUUUAUCUAGUAAUCGUUUGAUGUCUUUGGGUAAAAAUUUUAGCUCCCUAACACGUUUGGUUAAGUUGGAUUUGAGUAAAAAUCAAAUAAAAUUUUUACCCGAAGACUUUGGCCUCUUGAGAAAUUUAAGACAUUUGGAUUUGUACAACAAUCAAUUGGAACAUUUGCCUUUGAGUUUUGGUGAUUUAACAAAUUUAAGAUAUUUAGAUCUUAAAGGCAAUCCCUUGACACCAGCUUUAACGAAGAUAGUGGGCAUUUGUACAACAACAAAGGAUUGUCAAGAUUCGGCUAAGAGAACGGUUAAAUUCAUGUCUGCUAUGCAAGUGGAGGCUAUAAAGGCCAAAGAACAAUAUAAACAGGAAAUUCUACAAAAUCAAAAUUCGCACUCUGUCCAAGAUGAAAUUGAAAAGUCUCAAGAAUUGCCGCAAAAAUCAAAGAAAUCCAAGAAAUCAAAAGCCAAAAAGAAGUCGAGCAAUAAUCAAGAUUCAGUAACUCACACAGUGCCACUCUCGGCCGAUGACAAUAUAACCAUAGCAAAGACCACUAAAAAUAAGAAGUCUGCCAAUGGUUCAUUAAAGUCUACAACAAAAUCUCUACCACCCUCAACAGCUUUAACAUCGCUGAUCAUCUUUUUGCUAAUGGUGGCAUUUAAUGUGGUACUCAUCUAUAUGAUUAUGUUCAAAAAUCCUGAAAUUGCUGAAAAAAUUGUGGAAUCGAUACCGCAUCAAUAUCGUGAUUGGAUUUUAACUAAAACUGAAAUCUUUCGCUUGCGUGUCACCGAUUGGAUUUCAGAAUUUCGUACACCACCAGAGGAACACUGACGGUUCAUCUAUUUGAAGCCAUAAGUGUAGAGAGUGAAGAGAUAAAGGGCGACUGAUUGAUCGAGUUUAAAGGACAAACACAAAAUUUUAAACUUUCGAUUGAUAAUGGCUUCAAAUAGAGAGAAAACGAUUAAGGCCCACAUUUGGUUAUCUAAGAAAUUAAAAGAUAAAUUUGUAAUUUUGACAAAAUAGAAACAUUAUUGUUUUAUGACCGCAUUGUACACAAACGUAUUUAACCAAAGAAAUUUAUAAAUUUCAAAAUUUAACAAAUUUUUAGAACAUAAAAUUUGUAUACUGCCAUUUAUAUAAUCUAACUAACGAUCUAUAUCUAUUAGAACAUUAACUAUCAUCAACAUUAUUAACAUUAACAUCUUUAAUUUUAUAUAAAUAAUUAUUAUUACGUUUAACGUCCAUGUCCAAAAGCAACAUCAACAAAAAGUUAACAACAGAAAUCUUCUAUAUAUUAGACAAAAUACAAAAUAUUUAAAUAUUUAUAUACAAACACGUUUAAGAGAACUCUUCGUUUAAUUUUUGUUUUAUUUAAUUUCUAUAUAAUUUAUUUAAUUUCUUCCUACAAUAGCCAGACAAACAGUAACCACAGUAACAAACAAUUCAAUGUUCCAUACAAUUACAAAGCUAAAAUACUAACUACAUAGAAAAAGAAAACCAAACAGUAUAAUCAACUACCUUUUAAUUGAAAUAUUAAAAUAUUAAAGAAAUA